UUUACCCAUGACAAAAACUAAAAGGUCAUGUGAUACUAGCUAUAUCACGCUCAUCAACGUAAGACCUUCCGUCGAAGAGAUAUUGACGCGCAAACUCCGAAUAUCAAACCAAAAAAACAAUUUUGUGCGAUACCUUACCCAACUGUUGUAAAGUUUUGUCAACAAUGUGGCUGUUUUUGUUUCUGACGCUGGUUAGCGUGUGUUGCAAGGCAGAAGUUUGUCCAUGCGAGAUCCAGGAACUUUGUCAACAAAUUCGCGAUGAGAAGGACUUUGAGGUGUUUGUGUUUGAUGUGGGCAACAAAGCAUGGAAGUCAUAUGAUUGGGGAAAAGUGACAACUGUUGCUGCAUUUGGGAAAUAUGAUGCUGAACUCAUGUGCCACGCCCAUUCGAAAGGCGCACGGCUAGUCCUGAAAGGUGAUGUGUCCAUCCCUGAAAUGGUGGACCCUGCCAACAGGACAGCAUGGAUCACAAGCAAAGUGGACUUGGCCAAGAGGCAGUUUAUGGAUGGCAUCAACAUAGACAUUGAGCAAGAGGUGGCCGACUCCUCCCCAGAGUACUACACCUUGACAGCACUCGUCAAAGAGACCACUGAGGCCUUUCAUAGAGAGAUCCCAGGUUCCCAGGUGUCAUUUGAUGUUGCCUGGUCGCCCAAGUGUAUAGACGGGCGCUGCUACGACUACGCCGCCAUUGCCGAGUCCUGCGACCUGCUAUUUGUGAUGUCAUAUGAUGAGCAGAGUCAAAUAUGGGGCGAUUGUGUUGCGAUGGCAAAUGCUCCAUUCAAUCAGACACAGUCAGCGUAUGACCAAUAUUUGGCGAUGAAGAUAGAUCCAAAGAAGCUUGUGAUGGGAGUACCAUGGUAUGGCUAUGAUUACCCUUGUCUCGACUUCUCCCAGGAAGGGGUGUGCUCCUUAGCCAAGGUUCCGUUCCGGGGUGCACCUUGUAGCGAUGCAGCUGGCCGUCAGAUCCCUUACAGCUUUAUGAUGAAACAGAUCAACAGCUCUCUGUCUGGCAGGCUGUGGGACGAGGUCCAGCUGGCUCCCUACUACAACUACAAGGACCAAAGGGGACAGAUCCAUCAGGUGUGGUACGACGACCCAGAAAGCAUUGCCCUGAAGGUGGCAUAUGUACGAGAGCUGGGCCUGAAGGGCACGGGAAUGUGGUGCGGCAACCUCCUGGACUACAGCAACAACCCAGUUGCCCGGGAACAGAGUCGAGACAUGUGGAACGCCCUCAUGGGCUGCCAAGACGCUCAGUGCUGAGAAGACUGCCUUUCCAUUGGAUCCUCACUGCUAUUUGUUGCUUGUCAAUAGAUGCUUUUGUUCGAGGACAGAAGUGGGACAGAGGAACCGUAAUGUGUCUUCCUCUUGAGCUCAGGGAUGCGUACUUGCACUUCUAUUUCAUAGUUUUUUUGUAUUGCAAUUGUAAAAACAUGAGCCACUUUAAAACUUUGUUUUGUACAAAGAAUCAUGCCAGCACAGAUGGAUUCAAAAUGGUUGAUUGUCAAACACAGCAUUGUGCCGCUGUCUGAAUCCUACAAAACAAAUUUGGCUUUGCCAUAUAAGCGCUUAAUAAAUACUGUGAUUUGCAUAUGCCAGUAGGUUUGAAGAAAAAAAACAUAAAUAACUCCUACCAACAACA